AUGCCCGACAAACAAGCCAUACUCACAGAUAAGGCUAUGGCGCCAUUGCCGGUCUUCUCCCAGGCUGUCGUGCAUGGCGGGAUGAUAUACUGUUCCGGGAGCAUUGGCAUUGACCCAAGCACUAGGGAGAUUGUGCCAGGCCCUGUUGGCCAGCGAACAGCCCAAGCCUUACGCAAUCUCGCCGCAGUCCUCCAAGCCGGUGGCAGUGACCUCAAGAAUGUGGUCAAAGUUAAUGUGUUUUUAACAUCCAUGACUGAUUUUGCAGGCAUGAACCAAGCCUACGAGUCAUUCUUUAGUGAUGGAGUGAAGCCAUGCCGCACUUGCGUGGCCGUCAAGGAGCUGCCCUUCGGUACUGACGUUGAAAUCGAAUGCACUGCCUUCUUAUCCGGGUCAAACGGCAAAGGGCAUGGGUUGUUUUAUGCGGCCACUGAAAUCGAAUAUCCUGACCAAACGUAUGGAUGUUGUCAGAACCCCGAACACAAUCAAACCGAUAAUAUUUGUGGUGCGAACAGCAAUGCGUACAUAUGGUCAGACGCAGGCUGGUACACAGCACCUGACGGGCUCUACACAUAUCCAAUUAUUGACCACUCAUACGAUGAUUAUCAAUAUGAAUUUUAUGUCCAAACGACUGGCCACUUCGAACGCGUCCCUGGCAUGACAACAGAGGGAUUUCGCCUUCGCGCUGAAGCACCAGAGUUCAUCCCCUCUGGUCAGACGUUCUCCGUCAACGAUUUCGAUGCUGUGUCAUAUGGUGAUAUCACUACCGAGAGCGAUAUUGCUCCCACAGAUGUCAUGACACUGCAACCAGCCCAAAAGCGCUAUGUCACCAUCUAA